CAGGACAGGGCUAGGUUUCAUUUGUUUGUUUUUUCUCCGUGGAGAUUGACGGUUCAUUCGUUCUAGUCUGUGCGUUGUUGCUAUUGAUUUGCCAUUGCCAUCACUAGUUUUUAGCGCGUUCUACUUUUUGCUUAAAAUUUUAGUUUUACAACAUUUUCAUUUACACGCUGGCGUAAAUAACGCAAAGACAAAAUGUCCAAUAAACGUCCGCGUUCGGAAGACGAGAGCAUAAACAGCCUGGCCGAACUCAUUCUUGACCGGAACUACCGCGUUCUCUCGAUCGGUGGUGGAAAUCUUUCGUACGAGGCGGAUCUUGGGCUUUCGCGUGCGGAGAAGGUGCUCGACGACAAGCCGCCAGCCCCAGCAGGUACCGUGAACUCGGUGCUGCCAACCGUUCCACGAUGGCUCGACGCGACAGUCUUGCAGACAAAGGAAGAGUUUUUGAAACGCUUCAACCCCCGGGAGAACGGCGCUUGCCACAUGGAAACAAUCCACCUCAGUGGACAAAGAGUCCUUUUCGGGGUCGAUGGCCUGUCGGGUUUGAAGGAAAAUCUUAAAAUGCAGCCAGGCUCUCUGGUAGCGGAAACCCGGAAGAGGGGACGGAACGGGCCCUACGACCUGAUAAUGCUGAACAACUUGUAUCCUCCUGAAUUUUCGCCUGGUGAUGAUCCAAAAAAAUGGGCCACCAAAAGAUUUCCCGACUUUUUUGCCGAAGCAACAGAUUUGCUGACUCACAAAGGAAUGAUUGCGAUAUCGCUAGAGGAGACGCACUUUCACAGCGCGAAUUUGAAAGCGAUAGCCAAGAAGUUCGAUUUUCACCUUGUGGCGCAUUUCCCGUUAAAGCGUGCCGGAUUGUAUCAAGAAAGCUUCGGCGAUGUGCGGGCGACAACGAAGUCUGCGGAUUUUCUGACAGUGAACAAUGUGGUCAGCUACGUCUUCCAGUCGGAUGCUGGGUCCAGAGUAUUGGCUCAGUGGCUGGACUUGAAUCCAAGCACGAAGCGCAGGCGGCUCGACUGGGCAACGGCAGUGGAUCAUACAUAUUUGAAAACAGGAGCGUGGAGUUCGAGCGGUCUUCGAGUGCUAGUCGACCUGUACACGAAACUUCAGCAACCCGACUCGAUUCGUAAAAAAGUUCUGCAAGAAUUUCGAGACGCAUACCUCGUUCGGCAGAGGCAGUACGAAUAUCUUGACGUGCUCAGACUUUCACAGGAUGAAUGUCAAAAAAUCUUCGAAGUGCUUGUCAAUGACGAUUCAUGGUUUUAUCAGUGGGACGCAAAUUCCGGCGGCCGACGCGGAUUCCCAGUUACUUUGAAUGCAAGAAGAUCGGCUUUCCAGUUCGAAGUCGCUCGAUUAGAGAGAAGAAACGAAAGGGUUGGAAGGCAAAGUUGGUGCGGCCGGCGAAGACAGUGGAAUAACGCCGUUCAAACAGAGAACAUCAUCUACGCAAAAACAGAGGAGUUUGGUUUGUGGUUUCGUGGUAAGGAAUCGAGCUCGGUUGACGGACUCGUGGGUAACGACUUCAAACUUGUGUCCACGGCCGACGUUCCAGCCGAAUUCCGCCGACGGAUCCGGCGAUAAUCGCAUGGGAGCUGCUUGAUCUUCGAGAUCGAAAGCGGUAAGAGUGAGAAAGCUAAGCUACAGGGAACUUAUACUGGAAAGAGUUGGCAAGGAAUUUGACAGGAAAGCACCACGCAAACAGCAGGGAGCCACAAUUCAUUGGAAAUGGCAAAGACUCUACUUCUUCAAAGGACAGUGGCGCUGAUGUUGCUGAAACGCAAAAGAGGAAAAAGUAAAACUCUGAAACAGAAAAUGGCGACGCAUCAAGUAGAAAGGGAAAGGGCAAGGAGUACAGAAGUGGCAUAGGAGGGAAAACAGGAAGGGAGAAGAAGAAGCAACUUGGUCCCACAAAAAUACCAAAACGCAUGGAAAACGCCCAAUUCUAGAACGAACAAGCUUCCCAUACGAUUUUAAGCUGGAACAUAUGCCACAGUGCGACUCAUUCGACCGGUAGAACAGUGUUUUAUUCCGCUUCGUUUCGCAACUCUUUCAGUGUCUAUUCGUCUGCGCGAAGUCUCUGACCGGCUUCGGAAACCCGGACGUAAUCAUGAUCGUG